AAAGGUGCGAUGGGAAUCCCUGGGCGGCCGGGACUAAAAGGGCAAUCUGGAGAGAAGGGUGCUCCAGGAGAAGCUGGCAUGUCCAUCAUUGGGCCCCGUGGUCCACCCGGACAGCCUGGAACAAGAGGUUUUCCUGGAUUCCCGGGCCCUAUUGGCUUGGACGGCAAACCGGGGCAUCCUGGACAGAAGGGAGAGAUGGGUGCUGCAGGUCCCAGGGGACAACCUGGACCCCCAGGACAAAAAGGAGAGAAGGGUCAGUGUGCAGAGUACCCGCACAGGGAGUACCUAAGUACCACACUUGCAGCCCUGCGCUCUAACCAGAUCCUCACGCUGAAGCUGCUGCCUCUCCUCAAUUCAGUGCGGCUGGCUCCACCUCCGGUCAUAAAGAGACGCACUUUCCAGGGUGAACAAGGACAGGCGGGGAUCCAAGGUCCCCCAGGGCCCCCUGGUCCACCAGGACCCCCUGGACCAGCUGGGCCUGAAGGAAUCCCAGGACAUCCUGGACCAGUUGGACCCCCUGGCAGAGCAGGAGAACCUGGAAAGCCUGGCAGAGAUGGAAAGGGCUUACCUGGGCCUCCUGGACCAAAGGGAGAUGCUGGGAUUCAGGGAUACCCUGGCAGAAAGGGUGAGGUGGGCGAGUCAGGCCUGCCCGGUGCCCGUGGCCUCCCUGGAGCCUCUGGCCCCAAGGGUGAAAAAGGGGACGCUGGCAUCAAGGGGGAGAGAGGCAUGCCAGGGCUGCCAGGAAGACAUGGCUCUAAGGGCGCUCCCGGGACGGCUGCUGCAGGGAUGAAGGGCGAGCCUGGGACUCCAGGAGAAAAGGGAGAUUCUGGAGUGCCAGGGAGGAUGGGCCCCCCAGGUUUGCCAGGGAAGAGGGGGCAGCGGGGUGAGAAGGGACGAGCUGGUGACCCUGGAAUUCCUGGACUUCCUGGCCCAAAGGGAGAGAAGGGAAUUGCUGAGAAUGCCUUGGUGGGAGCUAAAGGAGAACCUGGCCCUCCAGGUCUGCCUGGACCCCCUGGACCAAAGGGAGAAGCUGGUGAUGUUGGUCAGCCUGGUGCUGCAGGAUCACAGGGAGAAAAGGGGGAACGUGGUUCACCAGGAGACCAGGGACCCAUGGGCCCAAGGGGCCCCAAAGGAGAGCCUGGGAAGGAUGAAAUGAUGGACUAUGAUGGGAACAUCAGUGAAGCUCUCCAGGAAAUACGAACUUUGGCCUUGAUGGGACCCCCAGGACGUCCAGGUGUGGCUGGACCCCCAGGGCCACCAGGACAGAAGGGUGAAAUUGGCUUGCCAGGUCCUCCAGGCCACGACGGAGAAAAGGGACCACGUGGCAAGCCUGGAGAAGUGGGGCCCCCUGGGCCUCAGGGACUGCCAGGAAAGGAUGGACCUGCUGGGAUGAAGGGAGAGCCAGGCCACGUCGGGGUCAGAGGAGAGAAGGGUGACAAGGGGGAGCCAGGACAAGUGGGCUCACCGGGUCUAGAUGGCCCCACUGGAGAGAAAGGCGAACAAGGUGACCAAGGGAUACCAGGACCACCAGGAUUGCCAGGGCCCAUUGGACUUCCAGGACUGACAAUAUCUGGGCCCCCUGGACCCCAAGGGCCUCCAGGACCUCCAGGUCUUCAGGGUGUCCCAGGACCCAAGGGGGAAGCAGGGAUUGAUGGAGUGAAAGGAGAGAAGGGUGCCCAGGGUGAAAAAGGAGACAGAGGGCCACUGGGAUUACCCGGUGCUUCAGGUUUAGACGGCAGGCCUGGACCACCGGGUAUUCCAGGACCAAUUGGGGUUUCGGGACCAGCAGGACCAAAAGGAGAAAGGGGCAGUAAAGGAGAUCCUGGAGUUGCAGGACCAAUGGGGCCAGCAGGGCUUCCUGGUUUACAAGGCCUACCUGGUGACAAGGGAGUCCGGGGGGAGAGGGGCAAGAAAGGCUCUAGAGGGUCUAAAGGGGAUAAGGGAGACCAAGGAGCACCUGGAUUAGAUGCACCCUGUCCGUUGGGUCUGCGAGGUUUUAAAGGCGAGAAGGGUGAGCCGGGGUUACCUGGGCUGGACGGCCUGGAUGCCCCUUGCCCAUUGGGAGAAGAUGGCCUUCCAGUUCAAGGCUGCUGGAAUAAGUGAUGAUUCUAACCCUGGACUGACCUGUGUGUGUUACUGUACAUAGAAUAUUUAUUUUUAUACGGUGUUCUUCUCUGAAAUGCCAAAAGUUAUGCAUUUUUACAAAUUAUCAAAAAGUGGCAUAUUUUUUUGUACAGAAAAUACUAGAUCUCCCUUUUUUCCCAUUUGUCAGUUCUCUGUAUGAUUCUAUGUCUGCAUUACGCUUGUUUUGUCAUGGAGUACAGCUGUAAUAUUUACAUGAUAUUUGUGCACACAUGAUGAAUAUAGGAACUUAAUAAAUUAUUGCAUUUAAAGUGCCCAAAGGAACUGCCCUGUAUAGAUUUAAAGGUCAUUUUCAUUUUUCAAGCUGGAUCAUUCAAGAAUAUUUCAAAAUAUUAUGUAUUUUUUAUUAAAGUGAAAUAUUAACACUUGUGUUGUGAUGAAUUAAAGUGUUCCUGGAAACCCCAUAGUAGUCCCCAUGCACUGGGAAUGCAGACACCAUGAUUUACAAUUAUCCUGCCAUGAGCUGGAAUAACCCUCAUGACAAGGAGCCCUGGUUGGCAAGAAAUUCUAAGCCCUUUCUAAAUUGUAGGCUUUCAAGCAGCUUAAUGAAAGCCUUAUUUAAAAUUAAGCAUAACACAGCAUACCUUGAUAUCCUAACAAAUGUUUGUAAAAUCAAUCCAGUGGCUUUUUAAAAUGUUAACCAAAGGUUGCAUGCAAAUUUGCAGAGUGUGUAAUUUUUAUUUGCAUAUGCACAUCUUAAUUAUCCUUCCUGACCUACCUUUGUUGAUGUCUCAAGUCUAAACUACCCAGAGAGGAGGAAAACACUACCAGACUAAAGGGAGCAUAACAGUGUGCUUUCCUUAGGGUAUGAGGGGGAAAGUGGGAGCCUGAAUCUAUUCCCUAGAACGCAUCCACUUGCCUUGGCCCUUCACACAGGGGGCAAAGGCAGUGCAGGACUCUCAGGGGGAAGCUACCAGUAUUCAAUGAUCCCACAGGAGAAACACAAGUGGUGAUUUAUUAGUGAGACUUUAAAUAUUAUUGAUUUAAAGUCCUGCUCUUUGCAUGAUGCUGCCACUCCAACAGGAAUUUGGCUCCUCGUGGCUACUUCUGUGCCAGUGGAAGGGGUCACCACCAUGAUGCUCCCUAUACUCAACUGUUCAUCUGUUCACAAACUAUUAAUCAGGUAUUUUUCCAGAUGGUUCCAAGCAGCCUUUUAGCACCAUCAUAAUAAAGUGACAGAGUAAGGGAUGUAGUUCUCUUGUACACUGGGAAAGGCCUGCUGGGGACUGCCCAAGGAUCCCAGCCCAGCCUCGGACUGCUGCAAUCCAUCUGUCACCUCACCCUUUCAGAAAUUUAUUGAGUUUCAUCUGAAAACCAGUGAGUUUUCCACUGCCCUGUGUCCUUUCCCUCCCCGCCCUGCAGGCUGUUCCGACUCCAGUGCCCUCGCAGUUAGGAAACUCCUUGCAACUUUCGACCUAAACUAAUUCAUGGUAUUUCCAAUCAUUUGUUCUCAUGCCAACAUUGUCCUUGGGAUGAAACGUUUCCAUGCAUGAUGUUUUCAUGAGAUGCUUGGUGUACUGGAGCUGAAACGGCACAGAAAGAAAAUGAACCACAAAGCAGUGAGGGAUUCUCCCUGGUUUUCUCAGUAAUAGAUGUCGUUAAUGUAAGCCCCAGCUCCGUGUUAAAAGGCUUUGCAGCUGAGCUAAUUGGAACAGCUAAUGGCCCAAUUGUGUUUUAAUUGCACACCUGUUAAAGCAGUUACUAAAGACCCAGCCAGGUGUACUCCUCAUGCCUUGGGUUUGGGAGGUUGUAGUAGUAGCAGUGAGUUCCUGCUCUGAUCUUGAAGGUAGGAUGUCUGAAUGCUUCGGUCCCUUCUAUAAAUCCUGUUAUUCCUAAUCCUUAAAAAUACAGAGAUCCUUAGGAGAAGCUGCUAAUGCUUUCUGUUUCCUUUGGUCUGUGUAGCAUGGUUUUUGUGUAGUUGGUUUUUGAUUGCACUGCAUGAGAUUGUUGGUUGUUUUUAUCUGAUCCGAGAGCAGAGCAAGUGCACAUCUGCCACCUUGUCCUGACACAGCUCCUCAAAGAUUAAGGAAUCUCGAGGUGAUGCUGCACCUGUUCUAUUCCUUGGGCUGGUUUUUGAUUGCUCUAUUUGUGAGAAAGCUCUUCCCUGAGGUGUAAGGGAGCUUGAAGUGAAAUUGCCAGAACUCUUGAAAGUAUCUGGCUUGAGUCAGCAAAGAUUUACCUACUACGGGGAAAAUGUUUAGGGUACCCGCCCGUUUAAAAGAUGGAAAAAAGGUGACAAAUGUUCCCUGUGGCUGUGGCAGAU